UACCACCAGUCAUGAUAGGAUCUAGAAACGGCUUGUCGGUCAUUACAUGUUCGCCCACUGCAUAUCAAGGAUGGCAAGUUACAGAAUCUCCGAAUUAAACAUUUGACAGACCGUCACAGCUGCAUGACCGCUGGCACGGUGCAUGUUGGGAGUGCCCGAACGACUUUGGCGUACGAAGCGCCUCUUUUACGAAACAAUGAAUCCGGACGCUGUAGUCGAUCAAGCCCUCACCGAAAUGAGGGAGUCCUCAGAAAAGCGUCAGCUUUUACUGGCGCAAGUCGAAAGCGCCACUAUGAACCAAAUGCUCAAGAACUUGCACGCAACUGAUGGCAAUAAUGUACGGCGGUCGAAAAGGUUAAAGACGACAGCUACCGACGCCAAAUCAAAGAACGAUAUCGUUGCCAUGGACAACCUCAUGUAUGAAGGAAUGGAAGGUAGCCUUGGUUUCAACCUUCAAAAGUAUGCAACAAGCGUUGCCGCGAUUACUUGGAAACAAAAGUACUUUCAUUUUACUUGUGCAAACGGUAUCCUUGACAUAUCCGAUUCUUCGCGCCUGUCAUUUCUCAGAAGUUUACCGAAAGAGGUAUCGAUACAGAUGUUGACCGAAUUGACCUGCGCAAAAGAUACCGAAUAUGUGGACUACAAUUUGCCUAUCCAGCAAAUAUUUAAGCAGAUAAAUAGCAACAAUAGUUUUCAAAAGAUUUCAAAAGCGAUAUGCGACUUCGACUGUCACAAUGAUGAACAGGAGAGUGUACAAGAAGUGUACAAGUUCAUCUUCAAGAUGCACGAAAAAAAGGCCUUCAUAUUCCACCAAGACCGCCAAAAAAUGUAUUCUGAACAAGAUUACAUUGUGAAGUUCUGGGCCCCUGUUUUCGAGACUUUCUUUGGUCAGGACGAGCAUAUUUUUUUACAUUGGCAAGUACAAUUAUACUGCACAUGUAUAUCAUCGUGUUCUCCGCAUAACAUUUUGCUUUCUAGGGGCGAUACGCAAGCUCAAGCUUGCAAAAAGAACGAUCUCAAAAUGAAGCUGGAUAUGAGGGUCAUGCUUAUGAAGCAUGGCCAUUACGUCAUGGAAGGCAGCAGUUGCGAGUACGCUGCCAAGGCAACCUGCAGCAAAUUGUAUAAAGACAGGUUGAAACUUGUGUUGGGCGCGAAAGCUUACUUAAAUGAAAUCAUCGAGAAUUGCCCGCACCUAGACGACGAUGACAUCCGUGAAAUCCGAAUCCCAUAUAUCCAAGUCAUGGGCUUUCAGGCGGUGUUGUCUGUACUGUCAAUUAAAGACAAGGGAGUUUACAUUGCGGAAGAAAUUUCCAAGUUUGACUUUCCAACAACCAAGAAGCAGAUACGGAAAGGUCGUUUGAGAGACCUUGUUAAGGCCCUGUCACUCCUAAAGCAUCUACUGGAUAACCUAAGUUGCCGGAUCGAAGAAGGAAAAGUUGAACAUGGUGGCAACAAAAUGGCCCGUAUCAUUGAAGAACAAAAAGUAAAGAAAGCCACGAACGGCCAAUGGUUGAGCAAGCUUAAACUGCCAUCUGUGCUAGAUGAGAACGAUGAUGACGCCGACGAGGAUGACGAUGACGACGAAGAUGAAGAUGAAGACUAAGACAAAAACAAAGAGAAGGAGGAGGGGGAGGAGCAGGACUAUGCUUCAUGUAAAUGCAAAUAUUGUAUGUCAUAAUAAGGGCUUAUCUAAGAGGUUCAUGUAAAUAUAAUCAAGAUAUGGAGGGAUAUUGAGCAUGCAAUAGUUCAUAACGAAAAUUGAUCACCGUAAAUACAAUUGGACUUUCUGCUAAAUUCCACAAGAUUCCGUGCGUUAAUGCGAUCGUGUGAAAAAUAAUAAUAAUAAAAACUGGAUCAACGUUAAUAAAG